AACUAGAAACUAAUGCUCUAAAUAUAAAGUUCUCAUUAAUGCUUUUGGCCUACAAAAUAGAUAUAAUAAUACUAAAGUGAACGCAAGGAUUAUGUGAGAAAAGUUUGUCAAGCAAUUAAUACAUACCUAACCACUUCUUAAAAAUAAAAAAUAAAAAAAUAAAUGCCUAUCCACCAUAAUAAAAAGGAAAAAGAAUAAAAGGAAGAAGAAGAGCAAAGGAAAAUAGAACUGAUGCCUGUUUUUCUUCAUUUAGAAGCUGGCAAUCCCAAACAUCAAGAUCUCAGUUUUAUAGUUCAAGUGGUAGAACACGCAAAUGUCUGUGCUAUUUCGCCGUGAGGGCACCCCGACAUUGGUUUCGCUAUUCUAAGCCGAGACUUUCCUUUCCAGAGUGCGCCACCAUGGGAAGCAUUGCACCUCACGUAGCCUUGCUCGCCAGCCCCGGAAUGGGACAUCUUAUCCCAAUGCUCGAGCUUGGUCAUCGACUUGCUUCGACAUUUAGUCUAAGAGUCACCGUAUUCGCAGUGGUGACCGAUGCCUCGACAGUCCAAUCACAGCUCGAUCAGGAAUACUCCGUGUCCAAGGACAUACUCAGCAUCGUUCUCCUCCCACAAGUGAACUUAUCGAGCCUCAUGGACCAGCCAAUAGUGAUAGUCUCUCAGAUCUUCUUGAUAAUGCGCUAUUCUAUGCAAUUCCUGAGGCCCGCAAUCUCUUCCAUGGAUGUUCCCCCAACGGCCCUAAUUGUCGACGUGUUCGGGGUGGAAGCUUUUGCUGUUGCGGAUGAGUUUCAGAUGCUGAAGUAUGGAUUUAUCACUACCAAUGCAUGGUACCUUGCACUCGUUGCACAUCUUCCAAACAUCAAUAGGAGAAAUGAGGCUGACCACGUUAGGCUUCACAAGCCAUUGAACAUUCCAGGCUGUGAAUCAGUUCGAUUCGAAGACACGAUUAGUGCAUUUUCGAAUAGAGAUGAUCAGUUAUUAUUCGACAACUACAGAAGGAUAGGAUUUGAAUUGGGAAGAGCUCAUGGGCUGCUGGUGAAUACAUGGGAGAGUCUCGAGCCUAAAACAUUGAGAGCCCUACGAGACCCGAAGACAAUGGGGCGGUUCCUGUUGAGUUCCCGUAUCUUUCCAAUCGGCCCAGUAGUCCGUCCCGGUCAACCAGCGAAACAAGAUGUGCCAAGGAACAAAGUGCUGGAGUGGUUGGACCAGCAGCCGGCUGAAUCAGUGCUCUAUGUGGCGUUCGGAAGUGGCGGUACACUGUCAGCCGACCAGCUCACUGAACUGGCCUGGGGCUUAAAGCAGAGCGGCCAUAGAUUCAUAUGGGUGGUACGCCCUCCGAAAAAAGAUUCAGCAUCCGGAUCAUUUUUCAGACUCGGUAAGAAAACCGACAAAACCCCGGAGUACUUGCCUGACGGAUUCGUGACCAGAACCCAGGACAAGGGUCUGGUGGUCUCAACAUGGGCUCCACAGACAGAGGUCCUUGCUCACCCAUCGGUUGGCGGGUUCCUGUCGCAUUGUGGGUGGAACUCGACCCUCGAGAGUAUUCUGAACGGCGUGCCCAUGAUAGCCUGGCCACUGUACGCGGAACAGAAGAUGAAUGCGACCAUGCUAGCCGAACAGCUGGGCAUGGCCGUGAAGCCACAGAAGUUGCCGUCGAGCGGUAUCAUCAGGAGGGACGAGAUCGAGGCAAUGGUGAAAAGAGUGAUGGAAAAGGAUGGGAAUGAAGGGAAGCAAAUGAGGUUUAGAGCUCAUGACCUUAAACGUACUGCGGGCGAGGCAUUAAGAGAAGGGGGAUCCUCCCAUUAUAUGCUCUCGCAGAUGGCCAAAGAAUGUGAAUAUGGUCUGGAGAAGCUUGACGAAAUUAGACGCGGUCUUGAUUAAUCGGCGACUUAGUAAAAAAAAAAAAAUAUGUUGAUUGAGUGUCCCUUAUUCAAAUGAAUGAGUAUAACAACCAAUCAUAAGGGGAAAUCCUAUGGACCCUUUGUGGGGUCAGUUUUCCACUUUCAUGUAUUCUGGUUGGGCGUUAUAUAGCGAAGUAGUUA